CGCCUGUGCUUCAGCCGUCGUCCCUCAGCCGGCAGCCGCCCGCCUUUCCCCUCCCGUGCUUGCGCGUAGCCGGGCUUCGAGCUCACGGGCGCAGUCCGGGACGCCAAGGAUGGCCCUGGGCGAGGAGCCGGCCGCGAGCGCGCCGGAGGACGGGGCGGAGGAGGAGGCGCUGGCCCACGGCGGCGCCCUGGAGGCGUUCGGCGAGAGCGCGGAGACCCGCGCGCUGCUCGGCCGCCUGCGGGCGGUGCUCGGCGACCGGGCGGCCCAGGAGGGCGCCCUGGAGCGGUUCCGAGUAAUCAUGGACAAAUACCAGGAGCAGCCUCAUCUGUUGGACCCACACCUCGAAUGGAUGAUGAACUUGUUGUUGGAUUUAGUGCAAGAUAAGACAUCUCCAGCUGACCUUGUACAUCUGGCUUUUAAAUUUCUUUACAUCAUCACCAAGGUUCGAGGAUAUAAAACAUUUCUUCGUUUAUUUCCUCAUGAAGUAGCCGACGUACAGCCUGUUUUAGAUAUGUUUACAAAUCAGAAUCCUAGAGAUCAUGAAACUUGGGAGACCCGCUACAUGCUUUUACUGUGGCUCUCCGUGACCUGCCUGAUCCCUUUUGAUUUUUCACGCCUUGACGGGAACCUCCUGACUCAACCUGGGCAAAUGCGAAUGUCCAUAACGGACCGUAUUCUCCAGAUAGCAAAGACCUACUUGGUUGUCAGUGACAAGGCCCGAGAUGCAGCUGCGGUCCUUGUGUCCAAGUUUGUCACACGGCCCGAUGUCAAGCAGGAGAAGAUGGCAGGUUUCUUGGACUGGAGCCUGCACACCUUGGCCCGCUCCUCCUUCCAGACCAUCGAGGGAGUCAUUGCCAUGGACGGCACACUCCAGGCCCUGGCACAAAUAUUUAAGCAUGGAAAACGUGAAGACUGUUUACCCUAUGCCGCCACCGUUCUCGAGUGCCUGGAGGGCUGCCGGCUGCCCGACAGCAACCAGACCCUGCUCCGGAAACUUGGGGUGAAGCUUGUGCAGCGGCUGGGACUGACAUUCCUGAAGCCCAGGGUGGCGACGUGGAGGUACCAGCGAGGCUGCCGCUCGUUGGCCGCUAACUUGCAGCUCUGCGCCCAGAGUCAGAGCGAGGCGAAGACGCACGUGGAGACCCCCGACAGCGACGGAGACUAUGACAUCCCCGAGGAGGUGGAGAGCGUGAUAGAGCAGCUGCUGGUCGGGCUGAAGGACCAGGACACGAUCGUGCGGUGGUCUGCGGCCAAAGGAAUCGGCAGGAUGGCUGCGAGGCUUCCCAAAGAGCCGGCGGAUGAUGUGGUUGGGUCCGUGUUGGAUUGUUUCAGUUUUCAGGAGACGGACAACGCCUGGCACGGUGGCUGUCUGGCGUUGGCGGAACUGGGCAGGAGAGGCCUGUUGCUCCCUUCUCGACUCGAGGACGUUGUCCCUGUGAUCCUGAAGGCGCUGACCUAUGAGGAGAAGCGGGGUUCCUGCAGCGUGGGCACCAAUGUUAGAGACGCCGCCUGCUACGUGUGCUGGGCCUUUGCACGUGCCUAUGAGCCCCAGGAGCUGCAGCCCUUCGUGGCUGCCAUUUCCAGUGCUCUGGUGAUCGCCGCGGUGUUUGACCGGAACAUAAACUGCAGGAGAGCGGCGUCUGCUGCUUUCCAGGAGAAUGUGGGGAGACAGGGCACGUUCCCUCACGGAAUCGACAUUUUGACUGCAGCCGACUACUUUGCUGUUGGCAACAGAGCUAACUGUUUCCUGGUUAUAAGCAUGUUUGUUGCCGGCUUUCCGGAGUACACGCAGCCCAUGAUAGACCACCUGGUGACCAGGAAGAUCAGCCACUGGGACGGGGUCAUCAGAGAGCUGUCUGCGAAGGCUCUGCACAACCUGGCCCAGCGAGCUCCUGAGUACAGCGCCGCUCACGUGCUUCCACGUCUGCUGUCCAUGACGCAGAGUCUGGACUUGCACACGCGGCAUGGAGCCGUGCUGGCCUGUGCAGAGGUUGCCCGUGGCCUGUACCGACUCGCGGUUCAAGAGGGCAGGCCCGUCGCAAGCUACCUGGAUGCAGCUGCCGUGCAGGGCCUGAAGCAGAUUCACCAGCAGCUCUACGAUCGUCAGUUAUACAGGGGUCUAGGAGGAGAACUCAUGAGACACGCAGUGUGCGUUUUAAUAGAAAACUUGUCCCUUUCCAAGAUGCCUUUUAGAGGUGACGCCGUAAUUGACGGGUGGCAGUGGCUGAUAAACGACACGCUGAGAAGUCUCCAUCUUACUUCAGGCCACUGCAGACAGCAGGUCAAGGAAGCGGCUGUCUUGGCCCUGGCUGCUCUCUGCAACGAGUACUACGCCCUGGAGACCGGGGAGGCGGACCCCGCCAGGCAGGAGGAGCUGAUCCGGCAGUACCUCGCGGACCUGCGGAGCCCGGAGGAGAUGGCUCGCUGCGGCUUCUCGCUGGCCCUGGGCGCCCUCCCGCACUUCCUCCUGAGAGGCCGGCUGCAGCAGGUGCUGGCGGGCCUGGGAGCCGUGACGGCCAUUUGCCCUGAGGACGUGAGCUUUGCCGAGUCCAGGCGGGAUGCUUUGAAGGCGAUCUCAAGGGUUUGCCAGACGGUUGGCGUGAGAACAGGAGGAGCCCCAGAUGAGGUUGUGUGUGAAGAGAACGUCUCCCAGAUUUACCGCACGCUGCUGGGCUGUCUGCGUGACUACACCACCGACAGCCGUGGGGACGUGGGCGCGUGGGUCCGCGAGGCCGCCAUGACCGGUCUGAUGGACCUGACGCUCCUGCUGGGGCGGGAGCAGCCAGAGCUGAUCGAGGCCAGUGUCUGUGAGCAGGUCAUGUGCCGCGUGGCCCAGCAGGCGAGUGAGAAGAUCGACCGUGUCCGCGCACACGCCGCGCGCGUGUUCAUGACGCUGCUGCACUCGGAUGGGUCCCCCGUCCCUCACGUGCCCCACCGAGGGGAGCUAGAAAAGCUCUUCCCAAGAUCCGACGUGGCCUCCGUGAACUGGAACGCGCCAUCGCAGGCCUUCCCUCGCAUCACGCGGCUCCUGGGGCUGCCGGCCUACCGCUACCACGUCCUGCUGGGGCUCGCCGUGUCCGUGGGUGGCUUGACCGAGUCCACGGUCCGGUACUCGACGCAGAGCCUCUUUGAGUACAUGAAGGGGAUUCAGAACGACCCACAGGCCCUGGAAGGCUUCGGGGGGACCCUCCUGCAGGUCUUUGAGGACAACCUUCUGAAUGACAGGGUGUCUGUGCCGCUGCUGAAGACGCUGGACCAGAUGCUGGCCAACGGGUGCUUCGAGCUCUUCGCCGCGCAGGAGGACCACCCCUUCGGUGUGAGGCUGCUCGCGCUUUGUGAGGAGGAGAUCAAGAAGUCCAAGGACGUGCAGAAACUGCGGUCGAGCGUCGCCGUGUUCUGUGGGGCGGUGCAGUUCCCGGGCGGUGUGAGGAAGAGGGCUCUCCUGCGGCUGUGCCUGCUGCUCUGCCACCCGUUCCCUGUGAUCCGGAAGACCACGGCUAGCCAGCUGUACGAGACGCUGCUCACCCACAGUGACAUCGUGGCUGAGGACGUCCUUGAUGAGGUCAUGACUGUGCUGGGCACCACCGCCUGGGACGCGGAGCUCCCCCUCGUUAGAGGCCAGCGGAACCACCUGUGUGACCUCCUCGGCGUGCCCAGACCUCAGCUGGUCCCCAAGGGAUCGGGUGCCCUUGGACGGAGGACCCCCAGCCGUGAGCCUGGCGUCCUGCUGGCAGAACACGGGGCCGACUGCGGUCGUCCGGGCAGACCCCAGCCCUGGUUCCAGCUUCGUGAGAGGUGAACCGCAGGCUCCUGAAGGGUCCCCCGAGGAGGCACUCCAGACUCUCGCUCCCCUGCCAGCUCACACCCACGUCUAGCAUCGUGCUCCGCUGGGCGCUGGGCUCUGGCGGCCUCGGCUCGGAGCAGAGUCCGCGUGUGUCCAUCUCCGCGUCCGGGGGGCGGAGAGGCUGCAGCCACCCCUGCCCGCCCCCACCCGUCUUCUCGGGGUUGUGCGGCGUUGCAGGCAGUGGCCCGGUGUGCCCGUGGGCUUCGGUCUGGGCCACUGUCCUGAUGUCCUGACCGCCACUUAGAGAUGCUCUUUGUAAGGCGGCGCGGCGCCCUCAAGUCUGCUCCAUCCCUGGGAGCACAGCCGCUCGGGAUUGCUGUUGUCGUUGACACCUUUUUCCUGUUUUCUUCCGUUUAAGUGGGACCGGGUCUGGUCUGUCUGGAUCUCACCUGCGUUCCUGGAGCGUGUAACGUGUGCUCCGGGGUCCGUGGGGCUCCCGCCCGCCCUGUUUCCGGUCUGACCUCACGCGUCUGGUCCGCGCGUGGACUCAGGCGGGUUUAUUCUGCCUCUGGUUCUCCCAGUGGCCUCUCCCUCCCCGUGUCCGCUCUUCAGUCUCUCCCCCUCUGGGCGCCCACAGUCCGGCCGUUCCUUCUGGGCAGUGGCUGUGCCCGCCCGUGUCGGGCCCGUGGGCGGCUGCGGCUCUCCGGGUG